AUGAGUGUCUCAGAGAAUAAUUCCCCUGCCCCAGGAACAUUUAAGACAGCUACUGCGACUCCAACUCCAUUAAUCAUUGCCGGAGACAGUAGCAGACACGACAGCAAUAUUGCUGUUCCUUUAAAUACAUUUGAAUCAAUUAUUCCAAUUCCAGUAGCAGUGUCGAGGAAACAAUCUGGUGGUAUUCUAACAGGUCCCUUAGCCAACCCAACCUCUCUACAAUAUUCUUUAUCUAAUUUAAAUAUUUUCCAAAAUUUACCUUCAGAGACUCAGCAUGGUGUUGAUGAUCUAACUAGAAUGAAGAUGGCUAUGUUAAGUACUGUUCCAACUGAAGUAAAAUGGGCUCUAAAGAAAUACUUGGCUUAUAGUAACAAAGCUCCAUAUAUGAUUAGUUUGAAGAAUUUACCCGAAUUAUUACCAUCUUUUUCAUCGUUUGUUGUGGCUAUGAAACCAUUAAUAGAAAAUUUCAAUGAACCAAUUAUUGUUGAUGAACAAAAGAUGACUAUCUUACAAAACGGGAUUAAUGGAUUAUUGAUCUUGAGAAAUUUAGCACAAGAUAUGGAUUCUAUUCAAAUUUUAAUAAAAGAUGAAUCAAUUAAAGACUUUAUCCUAUAUAUGUUAAUAAAAUUUAAAGAAAAUUUGUGUGGUGAUUCAAAAUGGGUUGUUUAUCAAUCGAAUACAUCCUAUUUCAAUGAAUUGAUUCAUUAUGUGGUUGAUUUAAUGGAAGCCAUCUCUACUUAUUUAGCACCAGCUGGCAAGGAUAAUAAAUAUUUCCAAAAUUUGGUUCAAAUUUUGAAUAAAACUAAAGAUAGAUAUAUUAUUAUCUCCAUAUUGAGAUCUUUAUCUCGUCUAUUGGUAAGAUCAAAGGAAGAUGAAGAAAGUGCAGCUGAUAAUUUAGACGAGGAGACUUUAACUUAUAUUGUAUCAUUUUUAUUGAUAGAUUGUGAUUCUGAAUUAAUUAUAGCUUCCUUAGAUUUCUUAUAUCAAUACAUUUUACCGGGGAGUUCGAGAAUUAAUAUUUUAUUGAAUGAAAUUCAUCGUUUUGCUACUUUAAGUACAGUGCUACCAAAACUACUUACUUAUAAUGUCAAGAUUCCAAAUUAUUCUUUGUUAUCUAAUCAAAAGAUCAAAUUAAUAAAGAGAAUCAGAUCGGCUCCACCAAAGAAUUCACCAACUUUAUCAGAUGAAUUAUUCCAAGAAUUAUUGAAAUUAAAUGAACCAAUGAGAUCAACUGCAUGGUUAAGAUGUUGUUAUGAGCCUGUAUCAGAUGCCGAAGUGAAACAAAUUACUCUUUGGAGAUCUUACGAAUCAUUAUUUAAUACAAAGGUUAAAGAAUCUGGAAGAAAACUUCUACCAGCAGUUGAAUUCAUAAAAAAUGUAUCGAAUGCAUUUAAUAAUGCAUCUGCCAUGGUGGUAACAGAUCCAAAGACAGGUAAGAAGAGAUUCGUCAUUAAGGGUGUCCAACCAAGACCAAAUGCAUUAUCCAUAGAAGAUGGGAAUCUUGCCUCUAGGAAGUCGGUCUCAAACAAACAAAGAUCAAAAUUCCUAAGUCAAUCUGGUGCUAUUAAAGAGGCGCAACAAGAACCUCUGCCAGAAAUAACUUUUCCAAAACGUUUGACAGAUGUCUCAAAGGUCGCCGCCACAUUCAUAUGUCUUAUAUCUAAUGAUGAUAAAAGUAGUGGUAGUGAACUAUGUAAAAAAAUCAAGCCUGUUGUGCUUCAUAAAUUGGCUGAUGUGCCGCCUUUAAGUUCAGCAUUGUCAGAAUAUCUCGACAAUACGCCAAGUAUAUAG